AUGGCCAACGAAUCAAGAUCAAUAGCAUGCACAUUCUGCAGAAAGAGAAAGAGAAAGUGUGAUGGCCAAACACCGUGUUCCAUCUGUCGCAGAUACAACAAGACUGGUGCUUGUGAAUAUCCAACUGAUAAAGAUAAAAGAAAAUGGAAAUAUGAUUCAACUUAUGUGGAUUAUUUGGAAUUGAAAGCUGAUAUACUACAACAGUUUGCUAAUGAAUUGAUAAGAAGUGACCAUUCAAAGGCGAAAACCAUCAAUCGUGACUUGAUUUCUAGCAUAAUGAGUCAUAAUACUAUGCCAAAAGCUCAAUCUUCAAAUACUUCAGCUGAGACUUUAUUGAAAGGGUUAGCUGAUGAAAAUGCUAUAGAUGAAUUGGUAUCUACAACUUGGAGAGUUAGACAAGAUCAUAAAGGUCAUACUGAGUUCUAUGGUCCAAUUUCAGGGAGACAACAAGUUAUCGAAGAUUCAGAAGAAGAGUUAGAAAAUAUAUCACCAAAUAAAAACAUUGAUUUUGUUCAAUCUUCAAAAGAAUUUAGACAUUCAUUAUUAGAAAUCUUCAAAACAAAUUUUGCACAAUUUUUCUAUAUAUCAUUAUUAGAUAAUGAAGAUUUGAAAAAUUGGGAUUAUCCAUCUUCUGACAUUUCAAAACAAUUUUUAUUAUGUGCAAUUUUCACAUAUAGUUCAUUAUUCACAAAUCAUAGAGACCUUUCAUUUAGUUUCUUACAAGAAGCUGAAGUGUUGUGUAUGAAGGCAUGUCGAAAUGUUAAUGAGUAUGUUUUACAAGGUUUACUGAUCCUUUCAUGUUUUGAAUUAGGAAUGGGUUUAGAUUCAAAUUCUUGGGCAUUUAAUGCAAUGACUUCAGCAUUUACACAAUAUAUGAAGUUACAUUUAGAGGAGGUCCCUACUCCAGGAAAUAACAAUGAUAACAACAACUCUUUAAUUUCAUUAUCUCCUAGGAAAACUUCAAUGUUUUGGUCAAUAAUUUUGCAAGAUCGUAUAAUUACAAGUGUUUUGGGACGUGGUUGUCGUAUUCAAUAUUUUAGAAUAAAAACACCUUUUUAUUCACCACUUUUAACAGAUAAAUCAAACGAACAUUAUUUAACUGAAUUAUCAUUUGCCUAUCAUUCAAAAUUAUGGUAUAUUCAUGAUCGUUCAAUUGGACAAAUUUAUUCAUUCAAAGCUGAUUAUUUACACAAUUCACAUAGAUCCAUAUUAAUGAAUCAAGGAAUGGAGGCAUUAGAUGAAUGGAAAGCUUCAUUACCAUUAGAUUUAAAAUUAACCUCGGAAACAAUAGAUACAAGGAUUUUAAUUGUUCAUUUAUCAUUUUCAGUUGUUUAUUUGUUAUUACAUCGUGCUUAUCUAAAGCAAAUCCCAUUAAAAGUUAUUCAAGUUACAAUUGAACAAUGUACAAUUGCUUCCAAUAUAAUUCAAAGGAUAUCAAAUAAUAAUUUAAUCUUUAAAGAUUCUCCACGUCCAUAUUUUGUUUCAUAUUUGAUCUUAACAUGUGCAACAUUUGAUUUAUUUUUACUUUCAAAUAAAGAUGAAUCUUUAAAACCUAGUGCAUUAAAUAGAAUUCAGAUUUAUAUUGAUUCUCUUUUAGAUUUUGGGAAAAUUUGGAGAAGAGGUAAUAAAGAUAUUCAAGUUUUAGGUGCUUUAGCUAAAAGAUGGAAAUUGAAAAUACCAUAUUUAGAUCAAGCUUUAUUAAUGGUUCAAGAUACUGAUAAAAUAUUAUACAAUUCAUGCAAAUAA